GCGGCGGCGGCGGCGGCGUGGUCAUGGCGGAGCCUGCCGAGAAGCAGUACCGGGCCGAGUACGCCAAGAGCGGACGGGCUUCUUGCAAGAAAUGUGGGGACAACAUCGCCAAGGACUCGCUGCGCCUGGCCAUCAUGGUGCAGUCCCCCAUGUUUGAUGGCAAAGUACCCCACUGGCACCAUUACUCCUGUUUCUGGAAGCGGGCUCGACUUGUGUCCCACGCUGAUGUGGAUGGCUUCUCUGAACUGCGAUGGGACGAUCAAGAGAAAAUUAAAAAAUCCAUAGAGACUGGCGGCAUUGCAACAGGUAAAGGUGGUGACCAAGACGGAGGUAGCAAAGCUGAAAAAAGUUUAAAUGAUUUUGCAGCAGAAUAUGCAAAGUCCAACAGAAGUACCUGCAAAGGCUGUGAACAGAAAAUAGAAAAGGGCCAGAUCAGAAUUUCAAAGAAAAUGGUGCAUCCUGAAAAGCCCCAACUGGGAAUGAUAGACAAUUGGUACCAUCCAGCCUGUUUUGUCAGCCGCAGAGCGGAUCUGGGUUUUCUCCCUACCUUUAGUGCCUCCCAGCUACUAGGCUUUGGGCUGCUGAAUAAUGAGGAUAAAGAGACUCUGAAGAAGCAGCUGCCAGCUGUCAAGAAUGAUGGAAAGCGAAAAGGAGAUGAUGUGGAUAGCAAUGUUGUCUCAAAAAAGAAACCAAAAAAGGAAAAAGAAAAGCAGUCCAAGCAGGAGAAGCUGCUGAAGGAACAGACAGAGUUGAUUUGGAACAUCAAAGAUGAACUGAAGAAAGCCUGUUCCAUUAAUGACCUGAAAGAGCUCCUGAUAGCAAAUAAGCAAGAAGUUCCUUCUGGGGAAUCAGCUAUCCUGGACCGUGUUGCCGAUGGGAUGGCCUUUGGGGCUCUGCUGCCUUGUGAGGAAUGCAAAGGGCAGUUUGUGUUCCGGAGUGAUGCUUACUACUGUACAGGGGACAUUACUGCUUGGACUAAAUGUGUUGCCAAGACACAGGCUCCCAACAGGAAAGAAUGGACCAUCCCGAAGGAGUUCCGGGAAAUCGCAUAUCUAAAGAAAUUUAAAUUUAAAAAACAGGACAGAGUAUUUGCCCCAGAGGCUGCCUCUGCAAACUCAGUUCCUCCUCCAGCAGUUUCUGUUCCAGUUACAGAAAAUUCGGCUGCAUCAGCGGAUAAACCUUUAUGUAACAUGAAGGUCGUGACCCUUGGGAAAUUGUCGAAGAAUAAAGAUGAAAUAAAGUCUGCUAUUGAAGAGCUUGGAGGAAAGGUGACAGCUUCUGUGAAUAAAGCCAACCUGUGCAUCAGCUCACAAAAGGAAGUUGAGAAAAUGAGCAAGAAGAUGGAAGAAGUCAAGGAGGCACAAGUCCGUGUGGUGUCAGAGGAGUUCCUCCAGGACAUAAAAUCCUCCAGCAAGAGCUUUGAGGAGCUUCUGUCCCUUCAUGCUCUUUCCCCCUGGGGCUCAGAAGUGAAGCAGGAGCACAAAGAAGUGCCCAUAGGAGGGAAAUCCAGCGGGCAUUCAAACACGAAAAGCACCGGGAAGAACAAGGAAGAGCAAGGAACCAGCAAGUCUGAAAAGAAAAUGAAGCUGACGGUGAAAGGAGGUGCUGCUGUGGACCCCGACUCAGGCUUAGAAGAUUCUGCUCAUGUCUUUGAAAAGGGUGGCAAAAUCUUCAGUGCCACUCUUGGCCUGGUAGAUAUUGUCAAGGGAACCAACUCCUAUUACAAACUUCAGCUGUUGGAAGACGACAGGGAAAUCAGAUACUGGGUGUUCCGUUCCUGGGGCCGUGUUGGCACAGUGAUUGGAAGCAACAAGCUGGAGCAGAUGCCAUCUAAAGAGGAAGCCAUUGAACACUUUCUGAAUCUGUAUGAAGACAAGACCGGCAACUCCUGGCAUUCUAAAAAUUUCACCAAAUAUCCAAAAAAAUUCUAUCCUCUGGAAAUAGACUAUGGACAGGAUGAAGAAGCAGUAAAGAAACUGACAGUUAGUGCAGGAACCAAAUCAAAGCUUCCAAAGCCAGUCCAGGACCUCAUUAAGAUGAUCUUUGAUGUGGAGAGCAUGAAGAAAGCCAUGGUGGAAUUUGAGAUUGAUCUCCAGAAGAUGCCUUUGGGGAAACUAAGUAAGAGGCAGAUCCAGAGUGCAUACUCCAUCCUUAAUGACGUGCAGCAAGCAGUUUCUAGUGGUGGAACAGAUUCACAAAUAUUGGAUCUCUCCAAUCGCUUCUACACACUGAUUCCUCAUGACUUUGGGAUGAAGAAGCCUCCUCUUUUAAACAACCUAGAAUACAUUACGUCCAAAGUAGAGAUGCUGGACAAUCUGCUUGACAUUGAAGUUGCCUACAGCCUACUCAGAAGUGGAGGUCAGGACGGGGAUAAAGAUCCCAUAGAUGUGAACUAUGAAAAACUUAAAACAGAUAUCAAGGUAGUAGACAAAAAUUCAGAAGAAGCCAAGAUCAUAAAGCAGUAUGUUAAGAAUACUCAUGCCAGUACUCACAAUGCUUAUGACUUGAAAGUCAUGGAGGUUUUCAAGAUUGAACGCGAAGGAGAAAGUCAGCGUUAUAAACCGUUCAAAGAGCUACACAACCGUCAGCUGCUGUGGCAUGGUUCUCGCACUACCAAUUUUGCUGGUAUCUUAUCACAGGGUCUCCGAAUAGCUCCACCUGAGGCCCCUGUGACCGGCUACAUGUUUGGUAAAGGUGUCUAUUUUGCGGAUAUGGUAUCCAAGAGCGCCAACUAUUGUCACACCUCCCAAAAUGACUCCGUAGGCUUAAUCUUGCUGGGAGAAGUUGCCCUUGGAAAUAUGUACGAAAUGAAGAAUGCUUCCCAUAUCACCAAGGUGCCGAAAGGAAAACACAGUGUCAAAGGCUUGGGCAAAACUGCACCAGAUCCCUCAGCCACUAUCUCUCUUGAUGGCGUAGAUGUUCCUUUAGGCAAAGGAAUACCAUCGGGAGUUAGCGACACCUGUCUUCUGUAUAAUGAAUAUAUUGUCUAUGAUAUUGCUCAGGUAAACCUGAAGUACCUGCUGAAGUUGAAAUUCAACUAUAAGACAUCUCUCUGGUGAACAAAGAUUGGAAGGGCCUGUUAAAGAGUUAAUAGUGUAAACUUCUGAAAUGCCUAAGCAUCCGUUCCUAUUGCUGAGAUACCAGAAAUAGGCUGCAGAGCUUUGAGUGAACUUCAGCAAUCACCUUAGCAAGGCUUU